CUUAGUUGUUGUUUAAAUUCUAGCUUUCCAACAUCCGUGUUUCCUGUCUUGCUAGAGAAAAGCAACAUCAGGUCGUUGUGUAUCCCUGUGAAAAUGUCACACAAAAAUCAUGGUCAACACGAACCGUCGGUCCGACGAUGCUGCUUGUCCGCACGAGAAGGUCAGGAAGGCUACCUCUGAACCACGACUUCCGUCUUUACCAUGACGCGGCAAGAAGACAACCUACGGGGUACUAGUUCACCCUCGAGCAGGCAAGUACUAGGGCUCCCCCGCCGCGCCCCCGCCAGCCCAGCCGCGGCGGCCCUGGAGGACAAGGCCGGCGUGCUUUCCAAACUCUCCUUCUACUGGGUUUUCCCCCUGUUGAAGUUAAACUUCAAAAAAAUCGAGGACCUCCCGAAUCUGCCCAAGAGGGACGGCGUUUUGGAGUUGCACAGGCGGCUGACGGCAGUGAAAGAACGGCGAUGGAGUAGAGGAAGCCGAAGCACAGAUCUUCAUGUGGAACAACAACACGGACAACUUGAGGCAGGUGAAGAAGCACCAACUGCAACUACAUCUUCCGAUGGAUCAACUACUACACAAAAAUGGCAACCGUUUCAACUGCUGGUCACACUGUUAUUCCGUAUCCAGCGAUCGGUUUUCUGUUACUCGUUUUUUUCCGGGUGGACGUUCUUGUUGUGCAUGCUGCUGGACCCGAUUUUGCUGUCGCUGUUACUGCACAAGGCGGAGGAGGUGCAGAGGGAGUAUCGGGAGGAAACGGUAUGUUGAAAAAUAUUGGUUCGUUCAUUUCCCGUCCUCGUAAAGGUGCUUUUUGUCUCAUCGAUCUGCAGGCAAAGCUGCGACAAACUGUUAUUUCAGAAAUCAGGUAAAUAAACUGCCUCCGAGCUUAUUUCCACAGAAAAAAUAAAGUUGAAUUUACUAGUGGUCAGGAGUACACUUUCAAGAUUCGCCUGAUGUCGUUUGCUUAACAUUCAUCUUCUGCUCUCCUCACAGGUCCAGACCAUGGGUCUUCUGGUUCUCGCCCUGUCGCUGUGCAUGAUCCUGCGUGUCGCCAACAUGGAAACCUGCUUCUUCGCGAGCACGCGCGUCAUGAACAACGCCAGGUCGGCGAUAGUGCAUGCGGUCUUUCGUGAGUCCUUGUACGACAGAGGGGGAGGUGGUGGAACUACGAGUUCUAGUAGAAGCUCACGCGAUGAUCAGGUAGGCGGAAUGAAACAGUCCUCGGAUGAAACGACCAACAGGAGCGCUAGUACGCCUAUACCACCAGCAUCGGAUAAUUUAUCCACGUCCACAGAAAAUAACAAAUUCGACAUCGGGAAGUGGUCGAACUUGAUGUCGACUGACGCGGAUAAGCUGGGCAAAAUGUCCUGGAUCAUUUUCUAUGGAUUGUAAAUAAUAUGUCUACUGGGUCUGGAAGAGUACAAACUUGUCAUGCGCAUUUCAGAACACAGAAGAAUCUCUCAUGCAUAGGUAGCAAAACCAAAAGCUGCCCACAUUCUGUCACCAAAAUGGAGGGUUUGUCGUGCGGAUUCGGCAUGGCGGAAGCUUCUCGAAAGCUGUGAUGCUUUAGCUUCUAUGCCAGACCUUCUGUGUCAUGCAAAAACAGCAUGACUCUUCCAGACCCAGACACUUUUGCAUUUGAUGCCUUCAGUUUCUCGCAACAGACCUGGGCGAUUUCCUCCCUCCCCGUGGUUUUGUUUUUUCUCUACAAGGCGAUAGGUGUUUCCGCGACUUUCGGCGGCAUGGUAAUCAUGUUUUCCGGGCAGUUCGUGAUGCGGAAGCUAGCGACUUUAACUACACCGGUCGUGAAGAAACUGCAGGAAGCCCGGGACGUACGGUCGAAAUUGUUGAACGAGUACGUGAAGUGUGUCCGCUUGGUGAAGCUGCAGUCGCUGGACUCGGUGUGGGCACACAGGCUGAACGCGGCGAGAACGGAGGAGCUGAAGCACUUGAAAAAGCAACGGUAUCUCAACGCGUUGAAUGUUUUCGUCGGGUCUUUGUUUAACUUCUUGCUCCCAACAACAGUUUUCACCAUUUUCAUCCUCACUGGCCACGAGUUGACCGGUGCGGUGGUUUUCACAACGUUAGCUUGGAUCCAACAGCUAAACUGGUCUCUGCAAGCGCUACCCGGAUUCUUCUACUCCUGGAGCGAGUUGGCGCCCUCGCUGACACGACUGGCCGAGUUUUUGAACGCGCGGGAGAGUGGUCGCGGGAAAAAUACGAGCGGUGAACAGGGUAGCAGGAGCCUGUAUAGAGAUGAGGAUGAGCUUUUUUACCUGUUGGAUGCAGAUGGUUCUUCGUAUGAGGACCAACUUCAACACUCACACGGUGAAGAUUUCGGCACGACGACCAGCAGCACAGGUUUUUCACACGACAGCCGCAAAGUGCCGUUGUUGAAUGUGAAUGCACCUCCUGCGCCGUCUGAUAUUUCGGUUGCCACGGCAAGAAACGAUGAAAUGGGUGAAUCCGAGGUGGACAUCGACAUCCGCGCCCGACACAAAUCCUUCACAGAGCAAAUAACCAAGUCCAUUUACUCGUCCACUGAGUCUACACCAACGACGCUAACCGCCCAGCACUCUCUGGUUUCGGAGAGUGACCUGGAAUCCGUGAAGAACCAAUCCAAGCCCGAUUUGCUGUCGCACUGGUAUAAUCAGGAGCAAGACCAAGACCAGACUGGUGCUGUCAACAUCUCUGUUGAUGACGUAGUUACCGUGGCGGACAUGAGGAAUGGCGCAAAUAACUUUCCAAGCAACUUGGUGGACCAAAGUGGCUCUGCUUUGCCGAGGAAAUCAACAUCAGGCCAGCACACGACUUGGAAGACGAACCAAGAAAUUAGCGCGAGUGAAAGGAGUCUAGCUUGUGGCUAUGCAACAUCUACUUCCAAUGUUGCCCUGGAGUGUCCUGCGGGCUUCACUUGCGGCUAUGUUGAUCAGAUUACAACUGCACAGCAGAGUCCAACAGCACCGUCUUUCCACCUGACCAUUCCAGACAACCUGCAAUUCGAAAAGUCCGAACUUAUUGCCUUCUGCGGUCCUGUGGGUUCUGGAAAAUCCACACUGCUUUCCUGCUUGGCACAGGUGAAGCCGGGGCUCCGGCGAGUUUCGGCUGAGGCAAUUCUUGCUGGAAGGAGUAGUGCAGAGGACGAAGGAACUGGAACAAGAAGUGGAGCAUCAUCGUCCUCAUCCUCGGCAUUAAUACGAGAGCCGUCUGCAACAACGUCUUCAACGUCAGCAGCCUCGUCAACAGCUGUCAGAACAAAACGACCACCCGAAAUUUUCAUCCCUUCCCACCUGAAGCGUGCCUUCGUCGCCCAAAAACCGUUUCUUCUAAACGCCAGCAUCCGCGAGAACAUCCUGUUUCACACACGGUACGACGAACAAAAAUAUUUGGACGUGCUGCAGAAGUGCUGUUUGCUGCCGGAUUUGGAGCAGUUUCCCGACUACGAUCAGACGCUCGUCGGCGAGUCCGGCGUCCAGCUGUCUGGGGGGCAGAAGGCGCGCGUUGGCUUGGCGCGGGCGAUUUACUCGGAUGCGGACGUCUUGUUUUUGGAUGACGUCCUUUCCGCCGUGGACGCGCACACGGGCAGAUUUCUUUUCGACAACGUGCUGUGCCAGGAAGCGAAACUGGGGAAUAAAUUAGUGAUUUUGAUUACCCACCAGCUGCAGUACUUGCAGCGGAGUGAAAUUUCUCAGAUCUUUAUGGUGGACAACAAUUUAGUCUCGUCCAUCGCGAACUUCGGGGAUCUGGCGAAGAAAAACGCUCUGCCAAAAUUUCUGUUGGAGUUAGAGGAUGCGAGGAAGAGGAAAAUUGGGAUAAACAGUGCGAGUGCCGACGCGGGGUCAACAGCAGCAGCAUCAUCUUCCGCCACAACUCCAACUGUAUCUACUGCACCAGUAAUUGCCUCGCCGACACUUCUACCAGCCGGCCCCACGACCCGUCAGACCAGCACCACCUCGGAGAAGAGCUCGAAGUCACUGUCUGGAACAACCACUGCAGAUAACAAGGAGGACGAGGAAGACGACGAAAUGAAUCUGAACGAAACGUAUCUAACCAGACUGCACACUCGCGAGCUGCAGCAAAACGCGGAAAGGCACAAAGUUUUCCUCUCCGAAUGCGUGGAGCAAAUCACCUCGAUACUGCAAACCAUGGACGGGCACAGGGUGUCUUCCCGGUUGAUUCAGCGGGUGAACCAUUUACUCCUCGGGAGUGAGGAGGAAACCCGGUUUUCCGGUUCGAUCCCGGUUCAGGACUUGAAGUUUUACUUGUCCGCUUUCGGCACGAAACUGACGAACUUUUUUCUCUUCGUCCUGCUGGUCUUAUCCGCGUUGUCCUCUGUCGCAGCGAACAUCUUCUUGACCUUUUGGGCCAACUCGAACAAGGUUAAAGUUGUCCUCGGGACAAACAGAGAAGUCGGAGCAGCGGAAGAUCUGGCGAUGACUAACACUUUCAACAGUGAUGAGCACCUAGCUUCUCCUGCACGCAUUGGUGCAGCCGCGGUAGUUGCCGGGGGCCACUUCUUCUGGGAUUUUGAUUUCAGCUCUGCCCUCUUCAAAGACCCUCUGGGCAAUGAUGUUCCUGCGACGGAAACUGAAGUGACGGAGAUCACGCCUUCUAGCGUGCUGGAUCAGCGAAGAUUAUCUCCUAUUGAGACCGGCGCCACCACCGAUCUUUCAGUGAACAACCAACUCGAGUACUUGUUAAUCUACAUCCUGAUCAAUUUUACCGGGUCUAUCAUCGCGGCGACCCAGACCCUCGCCCUCACCAUUUGCAGCCUCCGGGCGUCGGUGUUCAUGCACGACAAGAUGCUGAAUUCGCUUCUAAAAGCCCCGCUGAACUUCUUCGACAUCACGCCCACAGGGAGGAUUUUGAACCGCUUCCUUCAGGACGUGCAAAACAUUGACAACUUCGUGCCGCAGAUUUUGACGCAGCAGGUCCAGAACACCAUGACCAUGCUGACGCAGUUGAUCCUGAUCUUCACCUACUGCCCGCUGGUGCUAGUGCUCUUCCCGGUUUUGGUUGUAUGAGAUGUUUGGUUGUAGUGCACAACUCGUCGUCCUUGUGCCUGCUCUCCCACGCAUUUGUAUGAAGUUGGCAACAAGAACUGAAUAGCGGCAGCAAAAGUGCAGCCUCUCCUGCGUCACAAAUUUGUAGUAUGUACUGUUUCGCCUGGAGAAAUCUGUAAUGCAAGAAGUGCCAAGUUAUCCAAAAGGCAACGAGUGGAACUGCGGUUUCGAUGGAUGUUGAUCAUAAAUGCGGAGGAACAUCAAGACGAGGGAGAGAUGAUCAUCAUGUGCACUCUCUGCAACUUCAUACCCUGUCCCCUACCUGUUUAUCUUCAAGAAGAUCCGGUCCCCCGCUCGCGACACACGAAGAAUCGAGUCCGUCGCGCAUUCUCCGGUCUACUCCGAGUACGUAGAUUGCUUGAAGGGCUUGGAAACCAUCCAGGCUUUUCAAAAAGAAGAGGCGUUCUGUCGGGCGAAUCUUGAGAAAGUCACCCUGAUGGCGAAGGGGAAAUACUGGAACGAGGCGAUCUGCAAGUGGGCGCAGUCCUUCACCACCAUGUGGGGUUGCGUGAUUUACCUGAUGACGGGGCUCUGCGGGUGCUCGCUGUUCUACUUCCAGAGAAAUAACGACUCGAGUGGAGGUCAUCAAUCUGGUUAUCAGAAUGAAAAAUCCCCCCUCCCCAUAUCCAAACGAAGUUUCUGAUGCUGGAUUUGCGCACACAGAUCAGAUUUGUCUUGCUGACGAGGACUGCAGGCCCAUGAUACUAAGCCUGAGUAGACAAAUUUUGGCCUAGGCGCUUAGCAUGACAGACAUCUACGCUAUAGCUAAAACAGCAUGACAAACCGCCUGUAGGAUGCGGCGGAGCUUGUGGAGUUGCCUUCAUGCAACACAGAGACGAUUUGUGACCUCAAAUCAGCAACACAAAUUUUCGGCAACAUACCUUUUCAAUAUGGGGAGGGGGGAUUUUUCCUUUUGAUACUGGUGCCUGGACUUUCAAAGCCGCAGACUUCGGGUUGGUGUUGCUCUAUAUCCAGGAAAAAACUAAAGCACCCAUCCCCAUCCAAUUUGUCAUGCAAAACAUGCACCAAAAGCAGUGUUUGUCAUGCAAAAGAUGGAUGGGGAAGGGCGUUUCUUCCACCAGGAUACUCUACGCGGGAAUUCUACAACGCGCGAUGAUGGACUACUGCAUGGGAUUGACCACAAUGGAGCAGAAUUUUGUCUCCGUGGAGCGGUGCGCGGAGUAUUGCCGCUUGCCGGUAGAGGUGGACGGGCACUGGAAUACUUCUAAAGGGCUGAGUCAUGAAGAAGAGGUACUACAAAUGGGCGAAGAUGUAGUUGGAGACCAGGACGACCUCGGCACGACAACCACUCCAACACUCGUGGUGGAUGGUAGGAAAAUCAGUCCUCGGGCCGGCGCGGCCGGACUACUACAGGAUGCAUCCUCAUUUUCGCCUGAGAACAACAACCUCGCAAUGGGCCAGGAUCAGGAGUUGGUUGAAGUUGUUUCCAACGACAUGACUCACCCGAUCUCCCCCGAUCUGGAGAACUACAAGAGCUUCGAGGAGGUGGAGAUUGAUUCUUCCUGCUCCAUUAUCGCAAGAAAAAAAGUGUUUCACUGUGAACUUGUGAUGCAGAAAAUUUAACGCAGAACCACUUGUGUUGCGAUAUCUGCAGAAAGGCAUUGGAUUUUCAAGCGUGUUUUCCUUUGGAAAGCGCGCAUGACAGAUUUUCAGUGUCAUGUGUAACAACUUGUGAUGCAGAUCUUGCAAAAUGCUCAUCAAAGUGAAGCAGUUUUUUCUCGGGAUAUCCAUCUCGCCCAUGCUUGUUACAACAGAACCAAGCCGGACAAAGCAAUCGCUGAACAGCGCGACCAACUCCGACUACGUUUCCGCUUCUUCCUCCUCGAAAAAUUCUCAAUCAACACCUCCUUCCCAAUCUCGCUCCAUCAGCCGAGCGAGUUCUUCCCUUGGUCAUCCUAGCAAAGAAACGACGACGAGGACCUCCCAGCAAUAUGAACUACCAUCUAGUACCCGUGGUAGAAAUUCCAAAUCCCCCGCUUCCAGUCAGAAAAUGACGCGUCGGAGGGCUUCUUCGAUAUUACCCGAAGCUGUUGCGUUGGAGGUGCGGAAUCUGUCCUUCCGGUACCGGUUGCACAAGAACCCGGUUCUGGAAAACGUGAAUUUUCAGAUCCAGAAGGGCGAAAAAGUGGCGAUCAUCGGGAGAAGUGGCUCGGGAAAGUCGAGCUUGUUUAACGCUUUAUCGGGCUUGUACAAAUCCCAACCCGGGUCGGAAAUUCUGAUCGGAAAUUUGAGCUUAGCGGAGACGAAUCCGUUACUGUGGCGAAAAAAAAUGUUCCGGAUGGUGAGUCAGGACUCAAAUCUGAUCAGCGGGACGAUUCGGGAAAAUUUAAGGUCCGCGACUUCUAAAGGCGCUGGUGGUGCAACAGAGGCUACAACAACAUCUUCAGUAAGUCCGCUCGGUGCACGAGUAGCAGCUGUAGCUUCUGACACCAAUUCGUACGACAGUAAAAUCUGGCGGAUUCUGGACAUAGUGAAUUUGAAACAAAGAGUUCAGUCCCUCCCUUACCAACUCGAUUCGGAAUUUAACGACGAUUUUUCCGUGGGGGAAAAGUAUGGAGUGCAAAUAUGUCUGGGUCUGGAAGAGUGGAACUUGUAAUGCAGUCUGCGAAUUCUAAAAAUAUCCGCGUUGCAUGAGCAGUAAGAGGAGUCAGCUCUUGGCACGCGGAGAGGGCAUUUCUCUUGCGUAAUUAGCAUCAAGAAGUUCUCAAAAAAUCUGUGAUGCUACCACAAGCAUGACAGACCUCACGGGUCAUGCAAAAUAUGCAUGACAAGCUCGACUCUUCCUGACCCCGACACUUUUGCAGCUGAUAAAAAGCAGCUCUUCGCGGUGGCCCGGGCUUUGAUCGACGAUCCGGAGUUACUGCUGUGCGACGAGGCGACCGCGAACAUCGAUUUGAAGUCGGACGAUAUCGCAAGAAGAAGCUGUUUGACUGUGAACUUGUGAUGCAGAAAAUGGAUCACAGAACUAUUUGUCUUGCUACACCUGCAAGACAUUGGAUUUUUAAGUGUGUUUUCCCCUCGGAAAUCCGCAUGACAAAUUUUCAGUAUCAUAUGUAUCAAACUUGUGAUGCAGAUCUUGCAAAAUGAAAUUCAUCACAGUGAAAAAGUUUCUCCGUGGGAUAGAGGAGAAAAUCCACGACGUGAUCCUGAACAAAUUGGGAAAGGUAUCCUGAGUAAAAACAUCCCCACCCCAUAGUUGUCAUGCAGAUUUGCAGUUACAGGAAGAGUUGUAAUGCGCAUCCCCAUGAGAGGCAUUUCCUUUUCCAAUCGUGUUUUGGACUUUGUCAUGCUGUAAACAGGAUGAAUAGAUGGAUUUGUGUUGCGGCUGUACUUGCUAAACUGCCCUACAAUACAGACAGGAACUUGUCAUGCUUGACUCCCAACACUUCUCGAUUUCUGUUGCGAGAUCCCCAUGUUGAAUCUGGGGUGGGAACGUUUUUGCUCAGGAUAAAAGGAAACAACCGUGUUGUGGAUCAUGCACCGCUUGCAUUUCGUGCGGCAGUUCGACAAGGUGCUGAUCUUCCACGACGGGAAAUUGGUCGAGAGUGGCACGCCGGCGGAGUUGUUGGGACCACGGGAAGCUGUAGGGUCGGGGAACGAUCACGGAACAAGGCCGAGUGGCAGUAACAGCAAUUCGCGGUUAGCGAUGUUGAUGCGAGAAGCAGACGCGGCUGGGACGAUGGGGGGAGGGGAGUAAGACAAAGAUAUGAACUGCAAAAGUAUCGUACUCGUACUGAUUGCGGUUAUGCAUUACAAAUCUCUCUUUUAAGGCAAAUCCGCAUUACAAAUUUAAUUUGUAAUGCUAAGUGAAUUUGUAAUGCAAUUUAUACUAGUACGAUACUUUUGCACAGCAUAAAAGAGUAGCACCCGCGAAACUAGACCAAAUAAAGGACCUCCGAUGGAAACAUAGUGAAGAGCACUGAAGACCUCGCUUUAUUCUUUUUUUGACGCUUGAUUUUUUGACAAAAAA